AUGAUCUCUUGUGCUGAGCCGCAGAGCUGAAGCCGGCAGGGAGAGGCCGACAGGCCGGCUCCGGGGGCUCCAGCUUCCUCUAGCCCUGGCUCCCGGGAGCUGUUUUGGAAUUCUCUCAGCGCCUGGUAUUUCCAUGCAUUUGGCUGGGCCCCACAAAGCUGAGUCCACAAUGCGCAGGCAUGAGGAAAAAGAUGCGGAGCUGGACCGCAGGAUAGUUGCCCUGCGCAAGAAGAACCAGGCCCUAUUACGAAGGUACCAGGAGAUCGAGGAAGAUCGUAGGCAGGCGGAACAGGGGGGCAUGGCUGUGACCACCCCAGGGCUCCUCCAACCCGACAGCCUCACGGUCACCAUCAGCCAGGUUCCCGGUGAGAAGAGGGUGGUCAGCAGAAACUGGACCAGGGCGCCCCUUUCACCUGGAGCGACUACCACACUGACAGAUGACGAAGAUGUUGCAGACUCCCGGGGUACUUUCAGCAUGGGGGACCGGGUGGAACUUGCUGUCACCAUGGAAAACAAAGCCAAGGCCAAACGGAUAGUAAGUGAGAAACCCAUGACCCAAGCAAGGAGCCCAAGGGCAAAGGGGACAUCUGGAGGAGGCCGGGGCAGGAGUUCUCCCUUGCAGAUGACUUCCAGCUCAGAUUCAGCAGGGAAGGGUGUUCUGGAGCCCCGGAGUCCAGGCGUGGUCCCAGGUUCACUUCCCCAACAGCCCUUGGGGCUGUCCCCUGAGGCCAGCUGGGACUACACGCAGUGGAAACAAGAGAGAGAGCAGAUUGACCUGGCCCGCCUUGCCCGGCACAGAAACCCACAGGGUGACUGGAGCCGCCCGUGGGACCUGAACAAAGCCAAGCCCAUGCCACAGAACUGCAACACGCCUAGGGACAAGGACCUGGCCAUGGGCAGCAGAAAGGGUCCUAGAACCUACCAGAAGCCUCAGCACCCACCGUCAUCCCUGAAUAGAAAAUGUCAGGGUGGACAAUCUGGAAGACCCUCAGUGACAUCCACCAUAGGCAGCAAAGCCCAGGGGAAGGAGAGGCUAACUGGCAGGGCCCGAAGAUAUGACAUGAAAGAAGAUGACGAGCUGCAGAGCCUGGAGGGAGGCCAGAGCACCACGAAGACUUCCACUGCAGAGGAAGAAUGCGUACAGAAGCAGAAUGAAAGGGAGCCAGACAGACAAGAGACCAUACCUGCAACCAGCCCAACUCCAGCCUCCUCAGAGGGGCUAAAAGGAGAGUCGGGAACCUCUACAGUCAGUUUGGUCCCAGACUCUCCACAACAUUCUGACUUGGCUCCCCUUGACCUCUCUGUGGGAGGAGCUAGCAGCCCCAAGCCUGAAAAAUGUACAUGUGUACUCAGUCCAAAGGCUGGGGCUCAGGAAAGUCCAGUGUCGUGGCCAAAUGGUUCUGAGCAGCAGACCCUGGGGUGCAACGACCACCAGUCUGGGCUGGAAGUCCACAGUUGCACUGAGUCACAGAGAGAAGCACCGACCCCAGAGCCCAAAGAGGACAGGGUUGGGAAGGCUGGGGCCCAGCAGAACCUGACACCAAGAAGCAGGCCCCCCAGAGGAACUGGCCCAAGGGCAAGAGGCACAAGUAAAAGAAGCAGGCCAGGAGGUCCUGGCCCUGCAGGAAGAUGCUGAGUGAAGCUCAGCGGAGUCGGGGAGCUAGGCUGUGGAGGGGAGAACUCAGUCAAGAGUCUUCUGUGUGGUGGGAGUUAUGGCUGCUGGUGAGAGUCUGGGGCCUUUCUGGUUGAGCAAUGUGGUGAAAUUCUGCAGGGACACCAUGUGAGGGCCUCUUAUGCAUACCUCUCUACACUAGUGGGUUUUUACAUGUAGGCAAGGCUCUUGGUGUAUUUGCCAGGCUGGGAUCUCUUAUUCAAGGCAAGUAUCCCUGGCCUGGGCUUACUGUUACGUAGGCCAUAGGCCUUUCCUACCAAGCUAGAUUUGGUAGGAAUACAUGGGUCUCCUGGCUCCUUGUAGUUCGUCAUUGCCAGGUCUCCCUCUCCAGUCACAAGCCUUCAGGCUCCUCAGCUCGAGGUAAUUUCAAAGCUAGUGUGGCCAGCCUAACCCCUUUCUGAUAACCAUGCCUUUCAUCCAGGUGACUCACAGUCCUGGUCUUCUAAGAUGGCCAACCUGAGAUUUCAAUAGUCACUUGAGGCCUAGAGAAAGUGGUUUGCGGCUCAUGGCUGACAGGAACACAAUUGGGAGUGGAAAAGUAAAACCCAAAGUUUCUUGGGAAAAAGGAAGCAUGGGGGGGGAGGGGGCUCUUUGAACGGGGCUAGGAUUCCCUUUUUGCCACGGGAGAAUGAGAGAGCUCACUAGCAGGUGCUGAGCCUCCCUCCUCCAUAUCCAGAUCAGACAUCAGGGGUGCCCUGAAUAGACCUUGCAGUCCACGGCCAUUUCCUGCCCUCUCUUCCUUCUCCACUUCUCCUCACCAAGGCCAUGCAAAAGCAAGCACACAGUCAGAGGAAUAGCAACCUCAGCUAAGUGCACGACAUCAGGAUGUGUCUUUCCAACUCCAUCCAGGGCCCCCCCAUGAGGCCCACGUCUGGUGAAUUAUCCAGACUCUGCACAAGCUGUGGCUUCCUUUCGAUACAACAAACAUUUCCUGAGCAUCCUCUCCCAGUAAUCCAGCCAGUGGGCGAGGGUGACUCUGCCAGCAGGAGGGAGGGAAGAAACUCAGUCAUCCUGACAGCUCAAGGCUGAAUGGCAAGUGCUGUUCUCAUCUGUAGAAGCCUUGCCGCCCUGGGUACGAUGAGGUAGGCGCCUGAAGAGACCCACCCUGCUGCCUCUGCUCCCCUCUUUUGAUAUGGCAUGUGACCUUUGCUCCCAAGCCCUUAUCUUGUUGGCACCAUGCAUCCCCUUCCUCCCCUCCUCUCUACAAGGGUGAGUCUCCUAUAACCACUCUGAAGCUCUAGGGAAAAUCAUGUCAGUUCAUCUUUCCACGUGAGGCCUCCAACUUGGGUGCCUGCCUUGUUCUUCCUUCCUGCCUCUUGGUUCCAUCUCUAUUCCCUCUACUCAGGCAGGGGUGACUCUUCAUCAGGUCACACUGGUUAGACCUUUCUUGUGUGACUGUGUGGUGCAGGUUGAAUUCAGUGGGUCUGGGGAAAGGUCUGAACGUUUGCAUUUCUAAUAUGUCCCAGGUGAGGGAGACAGGGAUGCUCCUUUUUGGCCUCAAGAACCCUUUGAGGAGUCAGGUUCUGGACUCCAGCGUGUGAAGGGUCUAGGUUAGAGCAGAGUCUAGAUCUAAAGCAAGUUGCCAGCUCUGCAAGAACUAGGGGAAUUCUACCCUGCCAGGUGGAAGAGGCUCUUGGCUUUCGGAGGUGCCUGCAGAAGAUUCCUCAGGCAGUGCAUAGUGAAGUCAACUCUUUAGUGCUGACAAAAGGAAGCUGAUCAGGAUGUGACAGGAUGAAAGGGGGUGGAAGAGUCAGUGCAGUAAGUCCAGAAAGGGAAAUAUGCAUUCCUAUACAUACAAGACAUGCCUGGGCCAGAGUAAAGAAUCCAAAUUCAUGUUUUCAUUUUGCCUUCCAGUCUCAAGUAUGUGUCACCCUUUGGAGUGUGACACAGGCCCUGGAGCUCAUGACUCCUAAAGAUGGGAUUGGAACGCAGCAGGUUCAGUCAGAGAGAGCUCUUGAAUCCAGAUGUUGCAAAGAAAUGGCUGUGUUCAAGAAUCUGAAUUCUUGGCUGGGGGGCGUAGGUUGGUAGAGUCCACACUCAGCACGUGUGAACCCAUAGGCUCAAUCUCUAGGACUCCCCCCAAGACAGACAGACAGGUAGACUGACAGAGGAGAUUAGAAGAGGAGAGAGGAAGAGAAGAGGAAAGGAGGGAGUUGGGAAGAGGGAGGGAGAGGGAAAAGAGAAAAUUCACAGUUUGCCUCCCACCUGAUGCUACCAACUGUGCAAUCCCAUCCAUCCAACAACAUAGGGCCAGGCACAUUUGACCACAGGCUGAGGAUGUAAAAAUCUGGCAGGGUUUUGGUUCAGUAUUUACAAAUGAACCUAAGCAGGAGAAGGAGCUGGCAAAGAGGACUGAGAGGACCUGGGGCAACCGCCUUUAGGGUAUAAGCAAAGCUGUGCUGGGGAUUGGUGAGAACAGAAGCCCACACAGGACAUCUUCAUUACAGAAGGCUGCAGUGCCUGCAACAGCAGCAAGCUUUUCCUGACAAAGGGGAGCUCUUCUCCAGGAUGAGACACAGGUGACACCUCCCAGUUCUCUGUGCAGGUUGUACCACCCUGUCCUGUCAGAGUCAACUCUGGAGCAGAAGAAACCCAGGUCAGCCAUUCCUCUCCAGGCCUCCAAGGGCCAGCCAUGACUCUUCAUGGUUGCUUUGUUGAAAGGUCUGACCCGGAGUUUUCCCUUAGGAGAGACCCUCUUCCCUCCAACAAGUAGACAAAACUAAACUACUCUUUAAAAGUGAGAUUCUUCAUUAAACACAGCGCUGGGGAACCAGAUGCAGGGCUGGAAGGAGCCAAGCAAGGAGGAAUGGCAGGGAGAGAACACCUGGAGGGGGGGCGAGUGAGGGGAUGGGGGAGAUGGAGAGCAUCCUGUCAGACAGGUGCCUACAAAGUUUAGUUCCCAGGCACCAGGUAGAGCAAAGCUCACCUUGGAGUCUGAGAGAAUAAACGGGAACCCUGCACCUCCCAUCUACCUUGCUCAACGUUAACCUCUAAAAGCCUCAGUUCCCUUACCUGCAGAAGGUGGUGUGCUAUACUGACCUUGAAGGGUUGCUGAGAACACUAGAGUGUGCGAAACAUGCCUACACUCAGUAGACACUCUGGGAACAGUAGCCUGCUGCUCCUAAAAUAUGCUGAAUAAAUGAAGUGGGCGUUGAUA